AUGCCACGCAAAGCUACCAAAAGUACUAGUGCGCCGGCUUCCAGGAGUUCCUCCAAACGUCCCGCACCGGAGGUUCCAGCGAGGCAGUCUAAAAGAGCACGGGCAGCGAUUCGGAAAUCGUACGUCGAGCCUGAGAGCGACACGGAUAAUGAGGAUAGACCAAGGAAAGUUCAACUACCCAACGGUGACUAUGACGAUGAUGAAGGGGUAGCCUCCGACUACGAGGAGCACAGCGACAAGGAUCCAUCGUCGGAAUCUGAGCCCGAUGAAACUGCCACUGACGAUGACAUCGAGAGCAAGCGGCCAAUUCCGAGAGGGCGCACCACCAAGAACCUCCCUAUACACAAAAAGGCCGCCGAUAAGAAAGAGCUUUGGAGACCGGGAGCAAAAUUGGCACCAGGAACGCAACUGGUCAUCAAGAAGCCAAAGGCCCGAGAUGCAGGCGACACGCCAUAUUUGGAUCACACAAUCCAUCCAAACACAAUGUUGUUCCUCAAGGACUUAGCAGCUAAUAACGACCGUCAAUGGUUGAAGCGUAUGCAACCCUUCAUAACGCUUACUUCACUAGACCGCCCGCUAAAGGUUACAGUCCACGACCCUGAUUUUAGAGUUUCAUUUCAAGAUUUCACAACAUUCGCCGAGAAGGUAUCAGAUAAGAUUAUUGAAGCAGACGAGACCAUUCCCGAACUACCGGUCAAAGACGUGAUCUACCGUAUCUACAGAGACUUACUUCUCUGCGGCUUGGUCGAGGACUGUGAGUUAUCUUUGUGCAGCAGUCAAUCCGAGCCACAGACUGACAUUGGACACAAAUGCAAGGGACGAAAAGGUCCUUACGCGCACUACUACGUUCAGGUGCAACCCAAAGGCGGGAGCUUUGUAGGUGGUGGCUUCUGGCAGCCGGACGCGACGACCCUCGCCAAACUUCGACGCGAUAUCGACCGUAAACCGCACAAGUUCAAGGCGGUUCUGACUGACGCCGGCAUUCGGGAGGCAUUCCUCGGUGGCGUGAAAGAGGACGAGAAGAAGGCUGUCAAAGCUUUUACGAGUCUGUCAAUGAAUCAGUCAAAUGCUCUGAAGCGCAAUCCAAAGGCGAGUCCCCUCUGCUUUACCUUUCCUUGUAUAAGACUGUCUUAUCAGACGUCGGUCACCAAGCAGGAAGACGCGUCUCAAUUGCCAAUUUCCUGCAAGGGCAGAGGAUAUGACCAUGAUCACAAAGAUAUUGAACUUCUGCGGCUCCGCAAUUUUACCAUGGGGCGAAAGCUUACAGACGACGAAAUUGUCGGUGUCGGAGGUUUGGAGCGUGUGGGUGAGCUCGUAGCCAAUAUGGUGCCCUUUAUCACCUAUCUUAACAGCAUCGCGAUGCCCGACGAUGACACGUCAGACUCGAGCGACGGCGAUGGAAGCGAUGCCGAGCCUGACAAUGACAGCGGCGCUGCAGAGGAUGACGAGGCUUGA